AAAACUCUCACUGGCUUUACUUCCAUUCCGAACCAAACUUCUCCAUACACGCACAGUAAAUAGCAGUGAGAGAGCCUCAAGAUCGGGUCUAGGGUUCCUCAAUUUCAGCUCAAGCCCUCGCCCUCGCUGCAAUCUACACUUCAACUUGUCGCUUCGUCUUCUCUGCUGCGGUUUGGUAAUUCGAUCGGAGGGGCUCGGAUAGCCGAGAUUUUGGUGGUUGCAAAUGCCGGACGAGGACUUGGUGGAGCUUAAGUUCCGACUGUAUGAUGGAACAGACAUCGGCCCGUUUCGGUACUCGCCAGCUUCGACUGUUGCUAUGCUUAAGGAGAGAAUCGUUGCCGAGUGGCCUAAAGAUAAAAAGAUUGCACCAAAGGCAGCAAAUGAUGUCAAAUUGAUAAAUGCUGGCAAAAUUUUGGAGAACAGCAAAACCGUUGGACAAUGCAGAAUACCUUUCGGAGAGCUUCCAAAAAGUGUCAUCACCAUGCAUGUAGUGGUGCAGCCAUCUUUAGCUAAAGCAAAAACAGAGAAGAAGGUUGACGAGGCUCCCAAGAAAAACAUAUGUGCAUGUUCCAUAUUGUGAAAAGUUAAAAAAGGAAAAGGGUUGACUGAGAAUAGCUUUGUGGAGUCACGGAGAAUCAGCCGGUCUGUCCGAAUUGAGAAGUUGGAAAAGACAAUAAUAUUCAUAAAACAGUACAUUCCUCAUUUAUCACAUAUAUGUUUGUUGGAGUUGGAGUUAGAGUUAGGGUUGGAGGGAAGUUCAUAUGUGUAAAAGCCCACUACUACUUUGGUUAUGAUGUAUCUCUGCCUGUUCUUAUGAAUUCUUGUGGUUGUUGUUGUGUACAUUUUUAGCUGGGAAAAGGGAUCCUCUCCUAUAAAUAUUAAAAUACAAGCUCUUCAUCA